AUGGCUAGGCCACGAGUGGCCCGUCUCCAGGUCGGCUCUGCACCCUGGAUUGCAGAGGAGAGAUCUUCAGCCCUGCAGAUCGCGCAGUCUGAGGUCGAGGAGUUCUCCUUCUCUGCGCGGAACGAUUUCGAAUGGCUCAACGAACACAUGGCAGAGCUAUUCAGCGAGAACCAGAUCAAUGUUGCUGAGAUUUUCAAAACACCAGGGAAAUUACGAGGCAAAACGCCGCGAACAGUACGGAAGGUGAAUCCGGGCGAAGCCCGAGUUCCACUCUCCAACAUCUUCUCGGCUACACCGAAAGGCGCUCCUAAUCCCUUUGCCAUUCCCAAUCUAGAGCGGAGCCAGACGCCCAAAGUCCAGAUUGCUCAAGACCCCGAACCUCAGACCAGUCCCGUGCGGACUAACAAGCCCGCAAGUCCACAGAAGAACAGCAUUCCAGUCGCGGAUUCUGGAUAUUAUGGAAGCCAGUCGCAGGACGUGAUGGAUAUUGACGACGAAGCUGCGGACCUCGAAGAUGCUACACAACCUUUCAGCCCUACCAGAGUUAUGAAGGGUGGCCAUGUUGCCUUUAAUGUUUCUUCGCCCGACCAGGGUGUACUCGAGAGUCCUGCGCAACCAUCAUCCGACCCUCUCAUUGAGGCAAUGGGUGAUGACUUAGACACCCAGUACUUCACUGCGAAUGUCGCGAGGCUGCCAUCGCCAACGGCCAAAUUCGCGCAUGAAAGCACGACGCCCGCCGGAUCUCCUGGUCACGAGCCUGAAUCGGAAUCACCAAAGAAGACGUCAUCGCCGGUUAAAACAUCACCUGACAAAGCUAUGGUCGAGCAACCAGCGCUGCUACCAAACGUGGAGCGAGAUGCCCCCGAGGCCAGCCUCGACGAGACGUCGAGGUCUCAAUCUGAUGGCUCGAGCCCAAUCCGGCCUAUAGUUCGAAAGAGCAGUCUCAACUUUGCUUCCCUCCCAGCUCGGGAACCUAUCACCCACAAGAGCAUUGGGAACCGCAUAUCAAGAACCAGUCAUCUCGACCAGAAUCGAACCAGCUACUACAACAGGCAUACAGGCGGAAAGAGCUUGGGCAAUGCGAAGCAUGACGUCACGGACGAUGAGAACGAUGAAAUGGAUAUCGACGAUGACGACAAUGAAGACAUUGCUGCUGUUGAUACCCGAGAUGAAGCCGAGGCCGACAGUGCCAUUGCUCAUAACAAGACGUAUACACAGCGAUUGCAGGACCAAAUCAGCAAACUCGGCCAAUCGCAACCGACCACAUCGCGGCCGUCCAAAUCAAUAGUCAGUUCAACUUUGCCUACAACUGCCACUCAAGCACCACAAUCUCCGUCCAAGACACAGGCCGUACCCUCGCCAAAAACGCACACAACACCGGGUGCUUUUCCCGAGGAUGAGGACGAAGAUGAGGAUGAUUGGAUCGAGCCACUUGGGCCUCCUGAUAAUGCCUCAGCGCUAUUCAGCCCAAGACCGAACAUUCUAAAGAGUCACUCAACCGAUGUGAUGGAGGGAGUGUCUGGAAAAGACACAGUGAGCGAGGGUGAUUUCGCAGUAGCCAAAACGAGGGAGCGCAGCGGCCGGUCCAAGUCUCCUCAGCGUUCCCCCAUCCCUGAGAGAACCACAAAUUCAAAGGGCCAUCACAAGUCGGCAUCUGUGCCAGUUUUGCCUCGUCUCGACCAAAUCAGCGGGGACGGGGCUAGUCUUCAGAAGAGUGUAUCUGUCUCUAACCCCGCGCUUGCCACUGUCUCUGAGAAUGAAACCUGCGUUAGUCCCCUAAAGUCGCCCUCGCGGACGCUCAGAGAUAGUCCUUUAAAACAGGUGAAGAACAAGCUGUCUUCCAUCCUGAAGACCUCGAAAGGCCUGCUGGCUAGUAGCGCUGCGAUCAGCGCAGAGGGCAAGUCUUCGCUUCUGUCACCAUCCACCACACGCCUUGGUCUCAAUGCUGCACCGUCCACCGUAUCUUUAGCCCAGCAGUUCAGCCAGGAUGACCAGCCAUUGUACCCGGAUCUGUCUCGACAUGUCACAGACACUCAGAUUGUACCUAGCACAACCAGUCCGACGCGCCCUGAAGGCCGCAAAACAAGGGCAUCGAUUGAGAAGGAGAAGGCUGAAGAGAAGCGUAAGGAGAAGGAGGCGAAGGAGGCUCGACGAAUGGUUGAACAGAUGCAGAAGCUUGAAAAGGCUCGCGAACAAGAGCGGGAAAAAGCCCGCGUCUUUAGCAAAGAGCAGGAGAGGAUUGCUGCCAUGGAGAAGCAAAUGGCUCUGCAGAAGGAGCAAGAAAGGAGGGAACGGGAAAAGAAGACUGCCGCUCCACCACCUACUCCAACGCAACCUCCCAAACCAACACGCACGAGUCCCCGCAAGGUCAAAGCCCAACUCGAGGAAGAAGGACUUGCUGCUGCCAUGGUAUGCGAACCGAAGGUCGAUGAGGAUACCGAGAUAAUUGACGCGGCAGCGAUAAUGCCGCCUCCAUCAGUUCCGCGAUCCGCAGCACCGCCUUCGGCCGCCAAAGGUCGUGAAAUCAAGCGACCCAUGAGGCCAACGAAGGAGCCACCGAGCAAAGCAAAACAAGCUCCUACCGUCAUACGCGUCAACAUGGGCUCCCAGUAUCACCCUUCGAAUACCGCUUUGGCAUCCAACCUACAGGACACUCUUGGUCCAGCUAGCUCGCAGUCUCAGCCCAAGGGCAAACCGACCCAGCCGGCUCUGCACAUGAAAUCCUCACUCCAGAGCCUCAAGAGCUCACAGUCGUCCACUGGUAGACCCAAGGCCCUUGAGAUGGCUGCGCGAAGAAAAGAGCAAGAGGAGCGGGAUGCCCAGCGCAAGCGCGAAGCCAAAGCCGAAAUGGAGCGAAAGAGGGCUGCCAUGCAAGAGGAAGACAGGCGUCAAGAGCAGCAACGAAGGCUCGAAGCCGACAAACAAAAGGAAGAGGAAAAAAGGCAGAUCGACGCGAAGAAGAAUGCCCAGAGACAGGCCAUAAUUGAGAAGGCCAAACAGACACGAGCUCCACCGCCUGCCGUCCGACCUCAAGCUAACAGCCAGGCAAGCCACACAAGCGAAAGCCAGCCGAACCGGCCCCCCUCUCGCUUGAAAUCGACUGCGAAUAGUGUCAAGCCUGCGCCGAAGCGGCAGCUUCAACAAGAAACCAAAGACUCGAAGCGCAUGCGCAUGACUGAGGAAUUUGACGACGAUUUAGAAAUGGAGAACCAGCCUAGCCUGAAGGGGGCGCCCGUUCGUCCAUCGGUUGGCUUUAAGAAGGUAACUGCUGCGACUAUGCUCCCGCAGAGCCAGAAGCUCGCAAAGGCCCAGGACUCGCAGAAGAAGUCCAUGUUCCCGGCUGGCUACACCAGUGCUCCUCAGACCGGCCCCAGAGACUUGUUCAAGACGACCGUUACGAGCCAGCACACCGGCCAGCCUAAAGCUGGACAUCCGCUGGACAUGGCGCAGGUGUCGAAAGCAGCCAUUCCCUUUGCACCCAAUCCGAACCCAGCCGGCCCGGCACACAAGACCCCCGCCAGGAACGCAGGAGUCGCGGGCGCCAAGUCGGUUGCCAAAUCAGCAACAAGGUCAUCCCCGCGAUUCCAGAAUGGCGAGUCAAUUGAGCUCCCGGAGAUCAAUACGGACGAUGAGGACGAAUACGACGAUGAAGAACACAAGCAAAUGUUUGCUUCUUGGACAGACUCGCCGGUUCUUCGCAAGGCACUAAUGGAACAAGAAACCUUGGAUCCCAUGCAUGUUUUUGGGGCACCGGGUCCGCUCAACAUGGAGGAAGUGUUCAGCAAGAGCAAGGAACGAUGGCAAAAAUUCCGAGCGAGAACGUCUAGUGCCAACUGGAGCGGUGCGGAUAAACUCACUGAGGAUGAUAUCCGGAAGGAUUUGGCAGCUAGAGAUAAGCUAAGGCGCGAGGGUGGCUGGAGCUACGAGAUGAGCAAGGAAAUGCUGUAG